AUGAAUAAUAAUAGGCUAAUAUUAAAUAAUAUAAUUAAAAACAAUCACUAUAAUUUAUUAAAGAAUAAAUCAUUCAUUAAUAAACCAUUGAUAUCUGCAGUCAGCAAUGAAAUUAUUCAACAGCAUUUACAUAUUAAUAGAAACGAUAGGACUAGUAAAUUGAAAUCAUUCUAUUCUACUCCUAUUGCUUGGAGUCUAAAUAGAUUUAAUCAUGGAGAGAAUUCCAACCAACUAUUAUUAUCUCCCAAUACACAUAUUGGUAAUGUAAGAUUUAUAAGAAUGCAAUCUAAAUCGCUCAUCUCGAACGUGAUGAGAUCUUUGGUUACCACUGGAAUUGGUUUUGCUUCACUGGCACUCUAUAGUCUUUCUUUUACCGUUGAUUUUAUCAUGUCAACUGUAGGACCAAUCGGUGCAAUAUUAAUUGGAAGAUUAAUAUGGAAACUAUAUAACUAUCGUAAGCUUUAUAAUCAGUUGAUGAUAGACGUACAGAAACAUCGUGACAAGAUACAGCAGGUAACUAGAGCACCGUUCCAACUUCCCAGUAUCCAAGAGUGUGAUUUCGAUAAGAAGAAAGUGGUGCACUCUGAUGGCACCAAAGAAACAUUAUUUAAAUGUGUGUUCAACGUACCUGAUAAUGUAGCGAACGGUCAUCCCGCAACUGUCGAGGUGUUGGCAUUUAAAUCACCAUUCAACUUGAUUGAAAGCAAGAAGAAGAACAAACCAUUUAAAAAGGAUUUAGUGAUCUCUGCCAUCAAUCUUUACACCGCCUAUGGAAAAUCUUUUGUUGUCUAUGAAGCACCCACUCAACUAGUCGAAUCGUAUGUCAACCGAACUGCAUCCAAGAAUAUGCCAGUAGCUAAUGACUCUAGUUACUACGACACCAAAGACAUCAAAGAAGCAGAUAUCAUUAAUGAAAAGAAUUUUGAUAUCAAAAAUAAGAACAAAAAGAAUUAA